UUCAGUUCCCCGCGGGCAACCAAAAUAAUAGUCCUGAUCGGCUACGACUACGACCAGCUACGAAGAACCAUAGUUAGCGAACAUGGCUCAAAAGGGUCAUCAAAUCAAGCAGCAACCUAUAGAGGAGAGUGAAGACGAAGAAUAUGAACAGCAAGCCCUGAUUUUUCAGUAUCUAUCUAAAUCUAGAGUAAACAAAGACACAUUGUGGAGCGUUAUCAUUCCCCAUAUAAUGUCAAUGGGUUUUUCCACUGUGGAUGACCUUCAAGACCUUGAGAUGAAAUAUCUCGACAAUAACGAUAUUACACCGCUAGACAAAGAUAGAAUCAUAAAGGUGGUCUCAUCAUCAAAAAGUUUGGAAGCUUUUACAAAUCAAGUGUCAAAAGCGGCACAGCAAGAUAAAGAAGACACAAUAUACAUUCGUUACAUUCUAUGCAGCAGAGAUCUAUUCUCAAAUGAUAUCAAGGAGUCAACAAUUGAAGAUAUUAAGCGUACCACACCUCUUAAAGAUAUAAUAGCUGUCAUUUAUGAUAAUAGUAAUGUAGCAGCUAAUGAGGUGGCUGAGUUGUAUUCUGGUGAAGGAUAUCCACUACACAGCAAUGAACUGACUAAUGAAGAAUCAUUGAUGAGGUGGGGUAUUGAUGAUGGUGACCUUUUUUAUGUCCUAAUAAGAAAAAAAGAUCAGCCUGGACAGCUACAGUUUGCUACACUACCUAAAGUUGAUUAUGACAUAGGUCAGGAAAGCUUUAUAGUAGAAACACCCUUUAUGAAAGACUUCACUGUUAAUGCUUAUAUUGAUUCUGAUUCACCUGAAGACAUAGCACAGAAAAUAUAUAGUAUCACUAAUAUACCAGUACCAUACAUGAGCUUAUAUGUAAGGAAAGGUUGUCAUUUUGGAAAGCUUAACACAUUUACAGAAUUGAAUGAUGAUGAUAUUAUUCGUGUUGUUUUACGCAACCCACAAGAAGUAGCCACUCCACGGUCACGUCAUUAUGGCAGUCGUAGUUAUAAUCCUUUGGUACCUCAAACAAAUGAAGGGAUCUCCAAGUUCUUUUCAAUUUUAAAAUUUUUGUGUUCAGUGCAGACAUACAAUAAGGAAUAUAAAUUUGAGAAGCUCCUGUGUUAUAUGUUGAAAAUAACAGAGUUCCCACCACUAGUGCAUGCUCUUUAUACGUUAAAGGAACAAUCAUUUUUAACUAUAGCAGGAUGGACUGCACUUAUUGAGGGCUGCUACUGUCUUUUUAAAGCUAUUUUAAGUCACCAAAUACAUGUAUCUGAUGAUGAAGUGUUUGAGUUUUCUGAUUACACUUGGGGAUUACUAAUACAUUUGUCUAAAGAAAUAACCGAAAUUAAUUGUGUUGAAUUCAAUCAAGUGUCUCUUGUGUGUCCAUUAUCAGAGAAGAGGAUACAAACACCAAUUCAUGUAGUCAAUAACUCUGACCUGGGACCCUUUGAUAAAACUAACAUACUCUCAGCACCACAAAGCUUGUCAAAUUAUGGAAUAGAUUUUGAAGUGACAGGUGACAUUUUAAUAGAAGAUGAAGAUACAGCUCGAUACCUUAUGUAUUAUCCUUGGGAAAAUGAUGACAAAAUAUUUGUGUGGGAAAAUCCACCUAAACCAGAUAUAUCUAUGACAUGUAAGAAAGUAUGUGUGCAGUAUAGUUUGGAUAUGAUAACUGACUCUUUGUCUGAAUUGUGCAUUGUUCAUCCUCAUGGUCUGUUUGCUGGAAAUGAAUGCUUGACAUAUAUAAAUAGAGGUCAAUUGGUAUAUUUUCUUGGUGCUGCUAAAGGCACAGAUGAGAAGCGUAGAUUAUAUAACCCUGUUUCCAGCAAUGAAGAGUACAUUUUAUCACUCUCUAAAGCUGAAUUAAUGACUAUUGGACAUCAACAGUUAAAGGAAUUUGUAUCACAUGAUUUAACAGCUAAUUUAAAGGCUAUCAGUGGUAUUUAUAGUCCACAGGAACUGACUAUUACAAGAUUGUCAGCUGUCAUAGAGCCACAGGAAAGCAUUCAAUGGGAACCUGAAGAAGCCAUUGUUGUUUUACUCGACCACAGUGGCUCAAUGGGCAGUGCAGUAUAUUCAGAGUUGCCAAAUUUGAGAAGAAUAGAUGCUGCUAAAGAGUUAUUUAAUGCUUUUGCUACAAGAACACAAGCUUAUAAACUGCAUCAUGCAUUUGGCCUGACUGUAUUUGAUCAUGGUGUAGAAACAACAUUAGCAUUGACAAAAAAUGUAGAAAAUUUUGAGGAUAGCCUAAAAGGAGUUGAGCCAAGUGGAGGUACAGAAAUUCCUACUGCUAUAAUAAAUGCUGUGACACAACUUUCAAGAUACAGUUGUAUGAAGAGAAUACUUUGUUUAACUGAUGGUGAUUAUGAUGCAUCAUAUGAAUCUGCAUUUAAUUUUGUUAAAGCAUAUAAUGUCGUAGUGGAUACUGUAUUACUGAUGGAAGCUGAUGUCACUAAUAAACUGAAAGCUCUUUCACAUGCCUCAGGUGGAGUAUGUAUUCGUCCUCGCUCAAUGCAAGAGGCUUUAAAAUUUUUUGAAUUGGACUCUGUACUCUCAUUGAGGGAAAGACAACUGUCAUAUUCUUAUGCUGGACAACCAUUGCAUAGAUGUAGUUAUACACAAUUCGAAACUGAAAACAGUUUUAGAUCCAAACACCAAUUGAGCUAUCAACAGCUGCAAACAAUAACAGUUAAAAGUUACAUUGACAGAGAUAGAACUGCUUUACAAUCAAACACAUCUUCUAAGCAAAGAAGAAUUUUGAAAGAAAUGAGGGACUUUUUACAUAGUCCACAUGAUGACAUAAGAAUCUAUCCCUGUGAUACUGAUUGCAACAAGUGGAAAGUUUUAAUGAGAGGACCCCAAGAGACCUGCUAUGAAAAUGGUGCCUUUGUUCUCGGUAUUGAAUUUCUUGAGGGAUAUCCCAGUGUACCACCAGAGGUCAGAUUCCUGACGCCAAUCUAUCAUUGUAAUAUCAGUUCCAGUAGUGGUAGGAUAUGCCACAGUAUUCUGGGAGAGGCCUACACUCCAGCUACUAGUGUGAAGGAUAUAUUGUGUCACAUAUAUGGGCUACUAAUGUCACCUGAUCUUGACAGUCCAUUAGACAGUACACUAGCAGAUGAGUUUGGGUAUCUUAGGCACAGAGAAGAGGAUCUAGAUAAAGACAUUGAUUGGUACGAGUAUUUCCAUGAAGCAGAUGAAUAUUUUAGAAAGGCCCAGUCACAUGUACGUACUCAUGCUAUGAAGUCUUUUGAUGCAUUACACUUAGAAUUAUCUGCUGCAUACUGAACAUGGACUAUAAUAACUUUGCUAACACAUUAGUAUAUUGCCCUGUAAACUCUGAUAGCUUUAGUAGUUUUUAUUACUUGUAGAUACCAGUAAA